AUGACCCCUGUGGCAGCAUAUGAUGUGGGUAUCCUCCACUACCGGGACCUGCUCAGCUGGUUUCUCAUCCUCAACUGGGGUGUACUCAACUGGUUUCUCACCCACUACUGGUACUGGAUUUAUCAGAUCCUGUGGGAACUUUUCACUCUGCACUGGGACCUGGUCCUGCACUGGCAGUCCAACCGCCACUACAGAGUUCUCCAUAACACAGAUGUACAGAUUUGGGGGGAGGUUCCAUGUGCUAUUUCUGUCACUGUGACAACUAGCAAAUCCAAAGUAGUGGUUCACGAAAACUCAAAUGCAGUGCUACCUUGUGAGUUCAAGACAGAGAAAGAUCACAAUCCUCGCAUUGAGUGGAAGAAGAAGGGAAAGGAGGUUUCCUAUGUUUACUUUGAGGGCAAAUUCAGAGGGUCAUUUAAAGACAGGGCCUCGAUUGAUGGUGCUACGUUGACCCUGCGUGGUGCCACUCCAAAAGACUCGGGGGUGUACCGCUGUGAGGUCAGUGCUCCUCUGGAUCAUGUCAUCCUGGGGGAAAUCAACGUCACUCUCACUGUUCUGGUGCCUCCCCACACGCCUGCUUGUACUGUUCCUGCCACAGCGAUGAGUGGCACUGCAGUAGAAAUGAGCUGUAAGGACAAACACAGUGACCCUGCCCCCACUUACAGCUGGUACAAAGACAACAAGCCCCUGAGUACCUCACACCCCUCCGACAUCAACUACAGCUUCGACCCCAAAACAGGCACUCUGAAAUUCAAAAGUGUGUCAAAAGCAGACGCAGGGCAGUACCGCUGUGAGGCUUCCAAUGGCAUUGGGGCGCCCAAGAGCUGUCCUGGGCAAACUAUGAAGAUUACAGAGUUUCAGCUGAACCUGACUUUAGUGAGUGUGGUGGGAGCUGGUGGUGCCCUGUUCAUUCUCUUGUGUUGUUUGGGGAUUUGCCUGUGCUAUCGACGAGGCUGCUGUUGCUGCUGCCGCCGACGCAGAAAAGAGAUGCAAAAAGAAAGAAGAAAUAAGACCAACCACAACCCCACAGUAGAUACUGUGGAAGACUGUGAAGAGAAAGCCUCAGGGGACCAUGCUGGCAGCACUGAGAACAGGAUCACAUCUUAG